UAUAAUAAACAUAAACACAAAUGGAAUAAAUCAUUCAAUUCAAGAUCGACGAGGAAAAAGUUUCCCAGGAAAUAAGACUAAACCUGUCAUUUUGAAUGAGGUGAAGAGACAUAUAGAAUCAUUUCCUGUGAUGGAAUCACACUAUUGUAGACGUGGAACUACACGGAAGUAUCUUGACUCUACCUUAUCCAUUCUUAAAAUGUAUGAAUUGUACAAAGAUUUACAGAUCAGCAAUCAAAAGGAUUUUGUUUCUCCAAUAACAUAUAGGAGGGUGUUUUGUACGCAGUAUAACUUAUCUUUCUUCAAACCAAAGAAAGAUCAAUGUUUGCUGUGUGUUAAAGAAGCUAAAUCUAUUGAAAAAUCAGAAGAAUUUCUUUCUCACAUAAAGCGAAGGGAUGAUGCUAAUAGAGCAAAAGAUUUAGAUAAACAAAGAGCAAUUCAUGACAAAACUUUUGUAUCAGUAAGUUUUGACUUACAGAGUGUCCUGCAAAUUCCAUGCUCCGAUGUAUCACCUCUUUACUACAGUCGAAAGCUAUGUGCAUACAAUUUAGCAAUUUAUGAAGCAGCUCCACCAAAUAAGGGAUAUUGUUACCUUUGGUCCGAAGUUGAUGGCCAACGAGGAAGUUGUGAAAUAGGUACAGCUUUAUUGAAGUGGUUUAAAACUUUACCUGAUACUGUCAAAGAAGUGUCACUCUUUAGCGACACAUGUGGCGGCCAAAACCGAAAUAAAUACAUUGCGGCUCUUUUGUUGUUUGUAGUCAACCAGUUACCUAUAGAGAUUAUUACUCACAACUUUUUAGAAAAAGGUCACUCGCACAUGGAGGCCGAUUCGAUGCAUAGUGCAAUUGAAAGUGCAAAAAAAUACAUUCCUGUAUUUUGUCUUAAUGAUUGGAAGACAAUUAUGACACUAGCAAGAUCCAAGAGAGGCAAAAAUAAAACUUCUGGUGCCUACAUUGUAGAGCAAAUGACUUACCGUGACAUUAUUGACUUGAAAGCACUCAAUACAUCUAUACUACAAAAUACAAUUCGGGAUGAAGGGGGAGAAAAAAUAGAAUGGUUAAAGAUCAAACAAUUAAGGUACGAAAAAGAGAAAAAAAAGUUUAUAAUGUUCCGAUACAACUAUGAUGAAGAGUAUAAAAUGUUUAACAUUAAAGGCAAAGCAAAAGGUAGGCCCAGUAAUAAUAUUCCAAAAGAAACUGAGUUAAAGAAAUGUUAUACUGAACCCUUGCCUAUAUCGAUCAAGAAGAAAAACGAUUUAAUUCAACUUUGCCGUAAGGGGGUAAUUCCGAUCGAAUACCAUGAAAGACAAGUGUCCAGAACCCUCACACAAUGAAUAUAGUGAUGAAGACAUAUGAAGUUGAAACUAGUUACUACUACUUGUUUAAUUAUAGUCUUUUUUAAGUUUAAAUACAUAUUCUAGAAUCUGCAUUGUUCAUAGAAACCAUUACAAACCUAUGCAGUUGAAAUGAGUUACUGGUUUAGUAUUUGCUUAAAUUAAUUAUAGACUUUUUUAAUUUAAAAUACAUAUUCUAAAAACUAUAUUAUUUAUAAAAAUCAUUAUAAACUAAUCUCACGUAAAAUAAUUGAUUUUAUAAUAAGAAGCAAAAAUUAGAAUACUAAUAACUCAAAACCACUAUCUGUGGACUUAGUCACUUUCUCUUGUAUACCGAC